CAAGUCGUCCCCUGCAUUUCCCUUCUCCUCACCUCGCUCCCGAGCCGAACGCCGCCACCGUCCCCAAUCUCUGGCCGCCGCCCCCUCCGGCGACUGGAUCCAGAUCCCCCGCCCCCAAAACCACCGCCGAGCCCCGAACGUAGGGACCCUGCCUCCCCGUUCCACUACCCCCGCUACCGAGCACCGACCGCACGGACGCCUCCGCCCCGUCCCCACCAACUCCGGCCCGAUCCUUCACGCCACCGAAGCCGACGUCGCUUGCCGCCCCCGGUCCACCUCUGCCCCGAGCCCCAACAGCUGCAGCACUUCGACGCCCACGCCACCUCUCCCGCAUUCCGUCAAGCUUGGAUCGGUAGACAAGGAUUUCGUCCCUGCCAUCGCCAGCGGCCUCUACUGGACCUCAUCCUCCUCCAUCCCGCAGACGGCGAUGGCGGUGAGGGCACUCGGGCUCGCCGGCCGAGCGCUCCUGCGACCGGUCGCUUCACCGGGCACCCAACGGCUGCUGUCAACUGACAAGAACUCACUGCAGGUCCUUACGAACGGCGAUCCGAUGACCCGCCUCAUGCAAACGCGGAAGCAGAAUGACAGCAUUUACCGUCGCUUUGCUGAAAACGAUUUCACAGGCGGCGGUAGCAGGUCUGGCCGAUUAAACACGGAAAUAACGUGGACAGCGGCUCCGCGAGUAAAGAUAGAUGUUCUACACAUCACACCCAAGGAGGAAAAGACCUUUGUGACCGUGACGGGCGUCAAGGAGAACAGGAAGCCCGGGGCUUCUGCUGGCUGCUUGGAGGAUCGAAAAGGGCGUUCUCGUCUCGCUCGGUACGCCGGUGAAGCAACAGGGAAACACAUGGGGCGAUCCGCCAGCAAGAUUGGCCUCAAGUCGAUCGUCGUGAAAUUGAAAGGAUGUUCCUUUUUCAGGAAGAAGAAGAAAGUGCUCUUGAGCAUUGCAGCCGGUUCCCGAGGUGAAAGAGUGAGGAGCCUUUCUCCUAAAUAAGCCCUGCAGGAACAAGCAAGAAGAGUGAGAAUCAAUAUCCUGUCCGUAGGAGAAGCAAAAAACAUGGACUGGUUCCCUAAUAACAUCACGAGUCUACAAGUAUUUAUGAUUAUUAGACAGUCAUAGAUCGGCUCUUGUAAGACAUAACCAUUUUUGUCAUUUCCUGUAAUCCUGCUGAAUUGAUGGCUUUGUUUUGA